UGUUUCCCUGUUCUAGUCUUAUCAUUAUUAUUUGCAAUGUUCAAUUCUUUUGAAGGCAAUUUUAAAACACGCCCAAAAAUAAAUCUUGGAGGUCAGAGAGUGCAAGAGGACAAAUCAACUCUUAUAAAAAAGAAUAAGGAACAGCGUCGUGAACGAGACAACGAGCGUUUACGUCAGAAAUCAGCUAUAAAGAUCCAGGCAUUUUAUCGUGGAAGAAAUGUAGCAGGAAAUUUGCGCAAUAAAGAACGUGCCGUAUGGGAUCAAAACGCUGAAUCUAUUUUUCGUGCAGUUCAUACUAAGUGGGAUGUAAAUGCCGCGGCUUCUCUGGUUGAACUUGUGCGCAGUUUCCUCUUUUUUUAUCGUUCAACUCAUGAUGCUCAGCGCGAAUUAUGCUUGUGUCAGAUUUUAUGGAAGAAGAUGUUCGAUGUUGAAACAAUAUUUGUCCCAUUUUAUUACGAAGAUUUGCGCUAUACUUGGUUUCAUCAGUUGAAAAAACUUUUGCUUAUAUUUAUUAAAAGUGUCGGGUCACAAUCCAUAAAUCGUGAUCGCGAUAUAGUUAAUUAUUUAAAUACUUUACUUUUGGCUGUGGAUGUCAAUAAGUAUAGACAAUUAGAAGAAGGUGGCAGCUUUUCUCUUUAUCCAUUCCAAAUCAUACCUACUUCUGAUCCUGAUUAUGCUUUUGCCUACGAAUAUUCUCUUAAAGAUUUCAUCACAUAUAUUUUUACCAUACCACUAUUGGCGGAUCGUGUCGAAGCUUUGGAGCUUCUUUCUUCGAAAAUGCCAUUAUAUGAUAUCAUAUCAGUAAUAGCCAGUAAUGAUUGGAAUGCUGAACAAGGAAAUCGUCCGGAAUCAUUUGAUGAACCACAAAUUGAUCCGAGCAUUCUAAAGUGGAUUUCCGUCUUAGUCGACGAUAAACAUUUGGAAUCUGUUUUGGCGUUUGCAAAAUCCGCAAAUACAACGGCUCUACUCAAAAUUUCAUAUUUUUUAUCAACUUUGAUGAUUCGUUGGUCUUCAAAAAGAUCAGACUUAUUAAGUAAAAUGUCAUACGGAAAGCUUUCCAUAUCAGAAAACAAAUUUUCAGUUAAUGCAUUAUGGGAAGCGUUCAAAGAAACAGAUCUUGCUCGAUUGUUGUCAAAUAGUCAACCAUUAUCAAUUGGUUUCAUUACAGAUACCACAAAUAUUGAACAAUGGGGUAUGUUUUACUUGUUUUGCGAGCUAUUUAGUCGAAUUUUACUUCCUAUGGACGAUUAUGAAUUUUUUGAUGGAAGUAAAAAUCCUUUAAAACUACCGGAGAUUAUUGAGAUGUCUACUUAUAUGAAGAAUAUAGCUUUUAUUUUAUAUUGGAACAGUCCUCAAUUAAAAAUAAGCAACGCUAUCGAAGGUAGUUGCAUUAAACCCAUUUAUAUUCGAGAAGUUGCUACCAGAUUGUUAAAACAGAUUCAUGCAAGAGACUCUCGCCGACGAUUCACUCCAGAACGUCAUUGGUUAAUGACGUCGGAAUUUGAUAUGAGCACUUUCGCUAAAAAUGUUGUCGCAGAAGAGCAGGAACUUGAGAAUGAUAAAACAAAUCUGGAUAAACGACAAUUGGAAUUCGUUAGCCCGCGUCUUGGCGUCCUUCACAAUAUUCCUUUCGUAAUACCUUUUGAGGAACGUGUCAAAAUUUUUAGGCAGUUUGUUCGUAAUGACCGUGAACGUCAUAUUCAUACUAUAUUUGAGCCUCGAACACGUGUGACCAUUCGUCGAAAUAAAAUAUUCGAAGAUGGAUUUACUUACCUUAACGCCAUGGGCCCUAGAUUAAAAAAUCCUGUUGCUAUUCAAUUUAUUGACGAAUUUGGGAUUCAAGAAGCUGGAAUAGACGGUGGUGGUUUAUUCAAGGAAUUUUUGACUUCAUUGACGCGGAUAGCCUUUGAUGCAGAAUAUGGGUUGUUCCUUAGUACAAAUGAACAGCUUUUAUAUCCGAAUCCACAUAGUUAUGCACGUAAUGAAACGCAGCUACGUUACUAUGAGUUCCUUGGUCGUAUAUUGGGCAAAGCUUUAUACGAAGGAAUUUUGGUUGACGCGGCUUUCUCUGGCUUUUUCCUGAGUAAAUGGUUGGGAGAACGGUCGUACUUGGAUGAUUUACCAUCCGUUGAUCCAGAAUUAUAUCAGGGCUUGGUUUAUUUGAAAAAUUAUAAAGGAGAUGUAGAGUCUGAUUUAUCAUUGAAUUUUACCAUAGUAGAUAAUGAGUUUGGAGAAUCACGAACUAUCGAUUUGAUCCCUGGAGGCAGUGACAUUCCAGUUACCAAACACAAUCGAAUCAACUAUAUUUAUAAGAUGGUCAAUUAUAGGUUAAAUGUUCAAAUAGGUUUGCAAUGCCAGGCAUUUUUUCGUGGUUUAAUAGAUUUAAUAGAGCCGAAAUGGUUAAAAAUGUUUAAUCAGCAAGAAUUACAAAUUCUUGUGGGAGGAGCGUACAUUCCUAUUAAUAUUGCAGACUUACAACAAAACACUGUGUACGCUGAUUACAAGGAUGAUGAUCCCGUCAUCAUCAACUUUUGGAAAGUCGUAUCUGAAUUUUCCGAAGAACAAAAGCAAAAAUUAAUAAAAUUUGUUACAUCUUGUUCUCGACCUCCUCUUCUUGGUUUUAAAGAACUAAACCCGAAGUUCAGUAUACGUAGAGCUGGUACUGGAGCAAGGUUGCCAUCAUCAAGUACUUGUGUAAAUUUGCUUAAAUUACCGGCUUACCCUGAUGAAAACACUUUGAGGCAAAAAUUGUCAUAUGCUAUUAAUGCUGACGUUGGAUUCGAUCUUUCUUAG